AUGCAAUCGGCCCACCUCCUUCUUAGUCGAUUUUGGAACCGUCAUCUUCCAAUACAAGGCAUGGCAGGGCGAAAUAAAUACACAGGGACUACCGAAGAGGAUGCAAAGUUGAUUGAAGCAUUGUUGGAGUUACAUGUAUCCGGAAAUUAUGGUGGUGCCGACAACGGAUUCAAACCCGAUUAUUUGAAGGCCAGUCAUAAAGGUGCUGUAUGUUUUUGCGAUAAACCAUUUCUACAAUUCGAUAACCUAUGUAAAAUCUUCAGUAAGGAUAGAGCUACUGGUCAUGGAGCUACUGAUCUUGGAGAAGAUGUGACUGAAGAGACACAAAGAAACUCACCUGUUGAUGUGGAAGGGUUGGAAGAUAUUGUUGAAGAGACACAACAAAUUGCUCGUGGCAAUAGUAAAUGCAAAAGGCCUCUAACGGAUGACACCGAAAGCUCUUAUAAGGAAGCUGCGAAAGAAAUGAAAUAG